AUGGGGUCAACGGUCAAGGGCACCGAUAAUAUGAACGAUGAGCACAUCAGAAGAAUUCUAUACUCCAAUUUCACUCAACCUAAUUGCGAAAGUUUGAUGAACAGCGAUUCGCCAUCGGGAAUUUAUCAUUUUCCCUACAGAUACCCGAAAAAGGAAGUGGAAUGGCUUUGGAAUAUUUACGAAAUUUAUUGUGAUCAGUCGAACGGUGGGGGUUGGACAGUCAUUCAAAAACGCGACGACAAAUCCUCGCACCGAAUUAAUUUCACGAGUCAAUCCUGGGACGAUUAUGCCAAGGGAUUCGGCGACCUCGGGGGCGAAUUUUGGUUGGGAAAUGAGUGGAUCCACAGAUUAACUACGCUUUUUGGUCCGUACGAAUUGAGACUGGAAUUCGAGGAUCGAUUGGGAAAUCAAAAAUGGGCUGAAUAUCCCAAAUUCGAAAUCCAUUCGCGCAAGGACAAAUAUAGAAUGCGAAUUGCUCCAUCGGUCGCUAAAAAUUUAACGAGAUCCGCGAGAAGUUCCAUUUUCGAUCAUUUUCCAAUGGUUGGCGAAGAGUGUUCCAUGGACUUUGACGAAAUUUGGUGGUCUCCAGACGAGUGCAUCGGCGUCAAUCUCAACAGCGACAGCUACAAAAAAACGAAGAUGAUGAUACGAUUGAAAAACAAUUGGCCCUGA